AUGGGAAACCAUACAAGAGUGACAGUAUUUAUCCUAGCAGGCUUGACUGAUGACCCACAAUUGAAAGUUGUGUUGUUUAUCUUCCUGUUUCUCACCUACUUGCUAAGCAUCACUGGCAAUCUGAUCAUCAUCACACUCACCCUGGUGGAUAUUCACCUCAAGACCCCCAUGUAUUUUUUCCUUCGGAAUUUUUCCUUCCUAGAAAUUUCCUAUACUACUACAUGCAUUCCUAAAUUGCUAGUUAUUAUGGCAACUGGGGACAAAACCAUUUCCUAUAACAGUUGUAUGACUCAAUUGUUUUUUGCCUUCCUCCUUGGAGCAUCUGAAUUUUAUUUGCUAGCGGCUAUGUCCUAUGACCGCUAUGUUGCCAUCUGUAAGCCUCUGCGUUACACAACCAUCAUAGACAGUAAAAUGUGCAUACAGCUCAUCCUUAGUUGUUGGCUUGCUGGUUUUUUGGUCAUUUUUCCGCCACUCCUCGUAGGCCUAAACAUUGACUUCUGUGCAUCCAAUGUUAUUGAUCAUUUCGGCUGUGACCCUACCCCACUCCUGCUGAUUGCCUGCUCAGACACAGAACUCAUCGAAGUGAUGAAACUGAUUUCUGCUUCGCUGACACUUGUGGUCACAUUGGUAAUGGUGAUAAUAUCAUAUAGCUAUAUUGCAUUAACGAUUCUAAAAAUGCCGUCAACUAAUCAGAGGAAAAAAGCUUUUUCAACAUGUUCUUCUCACAUGGUUGUGAUAUUUCUUUCUUAUGGCAGCUGCAUCUUCAUGUAUGUUAAUCCAUCUGUCAAACAAAGAAUAUCUUUUUCCAAGGGAAUUGCAGUGCUCAAUACCUCAGUGGCACCACUUUUGAACCCUUUCAUCUAUACUUUACGGAACCAACAAGUGAAAAAAGCCUUCAUGAAUAUGAUAGUCAGGGUUUUCUCUUUCUCAAACAAAUGA